GCCAAUCAGAUGUGUUCCUCUCCAAAUUAUGCGCGCACAAUCGGGGCCUUCACUCCCCCAGUCCCUGCUCGAAGAGCUCAGCGGCCAGACUGACGAUAGUCACCACCGAAGACCAAAGACAGGAAACCGGCGGGGCUCGAGGAAGGAGGCCCGAAAGCAGGCGCGCGAGGGUCGGAAACAGCGCAAGACUCAGUUCUUCUCGCUGCAACAUGCCCAGCCACAAUAUACACAUACCAAGCGGCUCGCGGAACACGAGCACCCCGAAUCACCGAAGCGCAAGAAGGCGAGGCUCACCCAGCCUGCACCGGUCGCACCAGCCGCCAACUCUGCCUUGAAUGAUAGUAAACCUGCCAAGGUUCCCAAAGCACCAAAACCUGCCAAAAGUGCCUCAGAUGCGGGCCAGUCGCGAUCUCAAUCGCAGACACCUCUGGAGAAGCUAGCGCGCCGCUCGGAAGCGGCCCCGAAGAAGGCCAAGCUGAAGUCUGUGCCCUCGAGUUCUGCGGCUCCGCCACGAUCCCGAAAAGACGAGGAAGAGGAUGCAUACAUUGCCUAUCUAGAGUCGAAGCUUGGGUAUAGCAAAGGAGGGAAACGGACUCAGAAGUACGGGAAGGGAGAGGAGGAUGGGCUUGACGACCUAUUACAGGAUCUCGACUCCAUAGAAGCCUCGAUACUUCCUGGCUCUAAGUCCAGUGCCCGUGCACUUGAUGGAGACCUGUCUGACGCAGAUGCAUUUAAUGCCGAGGACGACUCAGAUGCAGAAGAGAGCUCUGAUGCAGACGAAGACGAAGACGCAGAUAUGAGUGGGAUGUCAGAGGCGGGCGAAGACCAGGAAUGGAGUGGUAUAGAAGGCGAGGAGGAGGACGACAGUGAGAGCGAUGACGAGGAAUUUACAAACGCUUCCCUUGAGGGUCCUAGUCCGGACCCUGCACCAAAAUCUGCGACAACUCCGGCCGGGCGAUAUAUUCCCCCACAUCUGAGGAAUCGCACACAGGGCGGCGAAGUGGCUGUUCAGUCAGAAGCGCAGCUUAAGCUCAUGAGACAGUUAAAGGGACUGCUUAACAGGCUGACCGAACAGAACAUCGCAUCUAUGGUGGACGGUGUCGAAGAGAUAUAUCGUAACCAUCGACGACAUGACGUAACGUCUACGCUUACUACUCUCAUUGUGGACGGCAUCUCCUCCCACUCAAUGCUCCUCGACUCCUAUGUUGUCCUUCACGCGGCAUUCGUAUCUGCCCUCCACAAACUCAUCGGCAUCGAAUUCGCUGCAUACUUCCUCCAGAAUUCCGUCGCCGAGUACGAGCGCCACUUCGCAGAGGCUCAAAGCGGCCGGCCUGCACCCCAAGCAGCUUCGGAGGCAAAGCCGGAAGAGGAUGUGGACAACUUCGGCAAGGAGGCCUCGAACCUCAUCGUCCUGCUCUCGGAGCUGUACAACUUCCAGGUCGUCUCUUGCGUCCUGGUGUACGAUCUUAUCCGGGGUUUGUUGGAUGGCGACCUUACGGAGUUUGCAAUAGAGCUGCUCUUGAAGAUUACGCGAAAUUCUGGACAUCAGCUGCGACAGGACGAUCCGACGGCGCUCAAGAGCAUCAUUCAAAGUGUGCACUCCAAGCUACCAAGCCAAGCGAACGCAAUGAGCUCCCGAGCACGCUUCAUGAUUGAGACCCUGACCAACCUCAAGAACAAUAAAGUCAAGAAGAACGCAGCGAGCACCGCGGGCGAAGAGACGGUGGAGCGCCUGAAGAAGUUCCUCUCAGGCUUGAGCAAGAAACGCCAUGUGUUGUCGCACGAACCCCUCCGCGUGAGCCUUGAGGACCUGCACAAUGCGGGGAGCAAAGGAAAGUGGUGGCUCGUCGGGGCCGCCUGGGGAGGUGAUCCUCUCGUGGAGCACCAGGAGGCCCGGCGUGAGGCCUCCAGCAAGGCGAGCGUUGACGCGGAGGCGAUCAAUGAGAACGUCUUGCUGAAGCUGGCGCGGAAGCAGGGCAUGAACACUGAGAUUCGGAGAGGGGGCUUCGUCGUGCUGAUGAGCAGUGAGGACUACGUGGAUGCAUGUGAACGACUUUCGCAGCUCAAGCUGACCGAGGUCCAGCAGCGCGAGAUCAUCCGCGUCAUCCUGCACUGCUGCGGCAACGAGAAGAUGUACAACCCAUUCUACACUCUCGUCGGGCAGCAGCUGUGCAGGACAUCGCACGCGCACCGGAUCACGCUGCAGUUCUGCCUGUGGGACUUCCUCCGCGACCUCGGCGAGACGGCCGUGGGCGGCGCGGAGGUCAUCAAGAACCUCGGCGAGGACGCGGGGUUCGACGUCAAGAGCAUCUCGUCGACGAGGCUCCGGAACGUCGCGAGGGCGUAUGGUUGGUGGAUCGCGAAAGACUGCUGCACGUUUGCGAUCCUCAAGCCCGUUGACUUCACCGUGCUCAAGCCCCAGUCGCACACCUUCCUCAAGGAGCUCCUCACACAGGUCUUCGUCAGCACACAAGUCUCCACCCCGCUGCUCAGCGCCGACCCGAACGCGCUCCCGACGAGGAACCGCGGGCCGCUCGAAGAGGUGUUCAUCAAGGCGACCCGGGUGCAGAACCUCGCGGUAGGCCUCAUCUUCUUUAUUGGCGAGGCGUUCCGCGGGGAGGCCUUGGGCGACGAGAAGGGCUUUGUCAGGUGGGCGAGUCAGGUGGCGAGGGAUACGUUGCGCACGGGGAUGGAUGUCGUCGCGGGGCUGUAGGGCUUGAGUGGUGUUUGGUUAGGGUUGCUUAUGAAAUGCGACGCUGGAGUAGACGUUGCCGCUUUUGCCGCCGAAGGAAAAGCUCGGGAACGGUAUGCGUGAGCUGCGCGUGCAGCUGUGAGCCAGAGUAAUCCGAGUAGAGGGCGGUCUUUGAGUACAUACUGGUACACCAGGCCAGUCUCCGCCGUGGCGAACUUCGCCUUGAGCUCUUCUUCCGUGAAAUUACAAGCUGCGGCGAUAUGGUGUGAGGGCAGGUGGGGCCGGAGGCAGGAGUACAUACACGUUAUGAG